ACAGUAGGAGUAGUACUAAUAGUAUCAAGUAGUUUGUUCUAAAGAGGACUUCUAAAAAUGUAAAUUGGGCCCAAUUGAGCCCGACUCGGACUCGACGCAACGGCGAUAGCCCUAUAAAAGCAACGGUUAGCCGCAACGCUCAGCCAUCGAACGACUCAUUGAUCAAAGAGGAGAGAAAAGGAAACGACUCGUUGAUCAAGAAACUGACUCGAUGGCGUUGGAGGGAGCCGCGGGCGGCGGCGGCGUCGGCGGCGGUGGCGGACCACCGGGGCAGGAGGCGGGGAAGAAGGUGGGGUGGAGCAAGGAGGAGGACAAGCUGCUGCGGGAGCUGGUGCGGAAGCAAGGCGGGAAGGACUGGGGCGUCAUCGCCACCGCGUUCCCCGGCCGCACCGACAAGUCGUGCCGCCUCCGGUGGAGGCAGCACCUGGACCCCAGCGUCGACGUCGCGCUGCCCUUCUCCGCCGGCGAGGACAGGAAGAUCGUGGAGCUGCACCGCGUCCACGGCAACCGCUGGGCCACCAUCGCGGCCUUCCUCCCCGGCCGCAGCGACAACGCCAUCAAGAACCGCUGGAACACCCACCUCCGCAAGCGCCACGCCCAGGACGUGCAGCAGCGCCCGUCAGGUGGCCUCGCCCUCGGCCUCGGCGGCGGUGGCGGCGCUGGGCAGGCUGCGGGCGGGAAACUGACGCCGGUGUGCCUCCAAUUGUUCCCUCCGACGCAGGCACCGCCGAUCGGGGAGAACUUACCGGGGCCGGCAAGAAGCGCUGUGCCGGAGCUCCUCAAGCUCUUCCCCCUGGCUCCCGGUGAUCUCAAGGACAAUGCGAGCGCGGCGGCGGCGAUGGAUGUGGGUAACGAGGCCGUCCGCGCGCUCCCCGAGUUGAGGCUUUCCCCGGCGGCGGUGGUGUUCGACGCAAUGCCGCUGCAGGCUAUCCGGAUGUAGAUUCUUGCCUCGUCUUCAAUUUUUUCUUGUUUCUUCUAUUUUGUUGUUUCUGAGAUGAACAGCUCUUCAAUCAACGCAGGGUAUUUCCUAGAGGAACUUAGUUUUGAUCGAAGAGCUGUAGAUUUUGAUCUUCUUGGUUUCUUGCAACAAUCUUGCUAGUUAGUGGUGAUCAAGAAGCCGUCUUGUGAUUCUAGUUCUUGUUAGUAGUAGUCAAAAAAUUGAGGUAUCACCUUCCUGUAAUUACUUGAUUGCAAUAGUAAUCAAGGUCUGACCAUCCUGUAAUUACGUGAUGUCGAUGAAUCUUUUGUUGUGGUAUUCAGUUCGAAA